AUUAAUGGGCCUCUAUAUUCGGCCUAAGAAAUCUGGAAACCCCCAAGCUCUCUCAUCAGCGUCACCAUUGAAUGACUGCAGCUUCUCUCCGUCUAUCAGAAAUAUUGCCGGAAAAUAAACCCCUAGUGAGUGAACGCACAAUGCCGACCCUACAAGGUUCUUUGCCUCCUGAGCUUGCUAACAAUGUCGUUAGGUUGUACCGAGAAUGUCUUCGUAGAGCUACAUUCAUUGGUAAGCAGCAACACAACACUGAGCUCGUGGUUGGUAUGGUGAGGCAGCAAUUUAAGAAACACAUGAAUGAGACCGACCCCGAGAAGAUUCACAAGUUAAAGGAUGAUGCUGCUCGUGGACUCAUCAAUCACAUGUUGUUCGAGUCUGAGAAGCUAACAGGACGCAAGGUUAGCCAGAGAUCCUGAUGCAGCCUUGUUCCUGACUUUCAUCGUCAUGCUCUCUUUGGUUCAUUGUAUGCUAAUGUUGCAUUUAGUUUGGCUUUAAUAAAAGAGUUUUGUCAUCGGGUGACAACUAGCUUCAAUGUUUCAUAACAUUGAUGAUCAAUCUGUUCUGUACUUCAAAUCGAUUCAUACAGUUCUUCCACUUUGGUUAUGGAUACUUCGAAAAUCAUUACAAUUUGAUUUUGACGAAAUAAAGUCUAAAAAGGAGCCUUUGCCUGUGA